AUUCUUCAUUUGAGGUGACUGAGUGCCAAACAACUUUGCAAUUGCUUAAAUUUUACUCCGGAAAACGGUGACAGAAGUAUAUCUGUUUUCACACUUGUCAGUCAGUUGCAAGCCAGAUUCCAUCUAUUUAUGAAGCUGAAUCUACAUAUUCUGAAUUGAAGAAGCGACCUAAUGUCUAUGGAGAGUCUCUCUCUUCGGUACCCAAUUGCGAACGCAGCUUUAAUGAGAAUUUGAGUGUUCAAAAACAUGGGGAAGCAUUGCCAAGCUCUUUUUGGGUUUUGGGUAUGGGCUGUAAUAUUGUCUUCCUUGUUAACUUCCUCCUUAGGCGGGUUUUACCCUUCUAAGUCUUUUUCUGGGGCUGCUGAAGUAAUGAGUGCUGAACCCUACGAUCCAUCGAACUAUAACAACCGCAAACCCACUUACAGACGUUUUAAUGAGGUGAAAGAAGAAUGUAAGUCUGUGUUAAAAGAGGCUUCAAUGUUGCCUCCCAAUUCUAAUCGUGUAUAUGGUAUUCAGAAUGAGCUUUCAUUUGUAAAUGGAGAUUGGAGCCAAGACAAGGGUUCUGCACCUCUGAUGCCUUAUAAAUCCAAAGGUCAGUCCAAUUAUACUUUUGAGGAAAUGCAUUCUCCGAUCAAUCUGGCAUCUUUCUAUAUCACAGAUGUGGAUUCAGACAAGGGGUUUUCUGCCAAAAUGGUGAAUCUGAGUGGGUUUUUACGAUUGGCCAUAGCAACAGACAGAGGAGCGUACUAUGACGGGAGCAACCCUCAGAGCUUUCAAAUUUAUCCUGGCUUCACUGCACUUGGCAUUACUUUUGAGGGUGUCUACUUAGAAUCAAAAGAAGAAAAGGUGUUGUGCAUGCUGGGAAGCUCAAAUCUUCCCUCCCGUGGGGAGAAUGCUUCAGAUCCUUGGGAUUGGGUAGAAAAUUCAGACUUUCUGUCACCAACUUUGUUAGAAGAUGAUAAAAUUUUGCUACAACUGCACUUUCCUAAUAACUUUUCAUUGACUACCAGAGAAAUUCGUGGAAAAUUGAAAAGCCUCAACCGACUCUCCAGUUCUAGAUACUUCAAUGAAAUUGAUAUCCAUUCCCAGUUGGGUGCUUUUACAAAUUAUCAGUUUGGUUCUGAAGGCGUGGUGGCAAAGGCUUGCAAUCCUUACCCAUAUCUGGACAAAUUACAGACGGAAGGUAGUCAAACCUACAGAGGAAAGCAAUUUUGUUCAGUCUUAAUGGAACUGAUAUCGGGUCAGCUUUUGGAUGUGGUUCCAAAUUGGCAAUGUAAUGGCACAGAUGAAUACUGUAGCAAGUUAGGUUCAUUUAUGAAUGAUACAGAAAUUCAGGCAACAAAUGGCAGUUUUAAAAACACGAAGCUUGUUGUGCAGGAUGUGAGAUGUGUAGAUCCGCCAAAUCCUGGCACCGGCAAGUCAGAUUUUGCAAAUGUUAGUGCUGUUUUUCGAGCUGUGCCUCCUUCACAGAGUCGGAUUCUGGCAUUAGAGAGAUCAGGCCUUAAUGGCUUAACUCUGUCUGCAGAAGGUAAAUGGAGCUCAUCUUCUGGCCAGCUUUGUAUGGUUGGAUGUCUUGGAUCUAAGGGCAGUGGUGCUAGUCCUUGUAAUUCUCGGAUCUGCAUUUACAUUCCUCUUUCGCUUUCCAUCAAGCAAAGAAGCGUAGCUGUUGGCAGCAUUUCCAGCAUUCAGAAUGUAACAUCGUCAUUCUAUCCUCUUAUAUUUGAGCUUCUUUUACAUCCUCCACAGUUGCCAUGGGAUGUAUUGAGCAAUAUGACAUAUACAUACAGCAAAACCAAAUUAGCAGGAGCCAUGUUAGAGAAAGACGAGCCAGUUGGGUUUGGUGAACAGCUGAAGAAAUCAUUCUUGAAGUAUCCUUGGAAAGAAAAUGGAAAGGCGCGGGAGAGUUUUUCUCUGCUAAGUGAAGAUCUUUCAGUGCAUUCCUCAGGUAUACUGCAAAGUUCCUCCAAAACAAAUUUCUUCAAAACCUUCAUAGACUUGGAUGUCAUAGCUAUUGACAGCUUUGUGGGAGUUGACUGGGUACAGGCCUCAAAUGUUUCUUCCAUGACUGAGAAUACUACAAGAUCAUCUCCAUCAAAAGGACCAGAGGAGGAGAAGUUCUUCUUGAAUGUUGCUGCACAGUUGAAAAUGGAAGGAAAUUUUUCUAAGCUAUUUAUUGAGGGUCUAUAUGAUCCAAGAGUGGGUAAAAUGUACCUUAUAGGAUGCAGGGAUGUUCGUGCCCCAUGGAAUGUAAUGCAUGAUAGUGGUGAUCUCGAAGAUGGUCUGGAUUGCUUGGUUAAUGUCAAAGUGGAGUAUCCACCGACAAAUGCCAGGUGGUUCAUGAAUCCAACUGUCACGAUUUCAGUGACAAGCCAACGGACUGAAGAUGACCCUUUUUUUUUCCAGCCGAUUAGUGCUCAGACACUGCCCAUUCUAUACAGGAGACAACGAGAAGAGAUAAUUUCUCGCAAGAGUUUGGAAGGCUUGUUGCGCAUAGUGACACUAUCAAUGAUGAUUGGGUGCAUCCUUAGUCAAUUAUUCUACAUUCGAAAGAAGGUAGAAGCUGUACCAUACAUCUCUCAUGUCAUGUUGGGUCUUCAGGCCAUCGGAUACAGUAUUCCUCUCAUAACAGGUGCUGAGGCCUUGUUUGAGAAGAUGAAAUAUGAUUCUGAGAACAGUGACUAUUCAGUACUCAAUGAAGGUCGAAUGUCUGAGAUCAUGGACUACCUGGUUAAACUUCUUGUGUUGAUUGCAUUAUUGUUGACACUUAGAUUGGCCCAAAAGGUUUGGAAAUCUCGCAUUCGAUUGUUCACCAGGAGUCCGUUAGAGCCAUGGAGAGUCCCAAGUGACAAGCGAGUCCUUGCCAUUUGUGCAUCUAUUCAUGCCUUGGGUUUUUUGAUUGUGUUGGUUGUGCAUACUGUGAAAGUCAGUCAACGCCCAGUUCAGUCUUCUACCUAUCUAGACUGGAAAGGCAACAUGCACAAGCAGCAUGAAUGGGAAACUGAGCUUAAGGAGUAUGUAGGUUUGAUGCAAGAUUUUUUCCUGCUUCCUCAAAUUGUUGGCAAUGUUCUUUGGCAAGUUGAUUGCAAACCACUUAGGAAACUAUAUUACAUUGGUGUCACUGUUUUGCGCCUUCUACCUCACAUAUAUGACUACUUAAGAUCCCCAGUUUUCAAUCCUUACUUUGCAGAUGAGUUUGAAUUUGCAAAUCCUAGCUUAGAUUUUUAUUCGAAGUUUGGGGACAUUGCUAUUCCAGUUACUGCUGUGGUGCUUGCAAUUGUAAUUUAUAUCCAGCAAAGAUGGAACGGGGUUACAUUGAAGCGGGUAUUGAGAUCUAGCUCAGCUAAACUCAUGCGGCUUGGAUCAACCAUGUACGAGAGGCUGCCCUCACAAACAUUUGAAGCUGAGCUUGUUUCUGGUGUCAAUGCGCAAGUAAACGGCCAUUCUCACAUAAGUGAAGAUGAAAGUGCGAAUUGAUAAUUGCUUCUUGAAGUUAAUGUUUUUCCUUUGGUUGUCUAAACACCUGAAAUUAGAUGGUGACUUGAACUGCUUGCUUACAUGCAUGCAAUGAUCCUGUAAUUGCAGCAAAAUACACAACUCUGCUGAAGGAGGUCUUCCUCCUUGAAUAGUGAGAUUCAGUAAAGAUAUAUGAUGGAUAAAGUUUCUAGACAAGGUCUUGCUAACAAGAAAGGACAGCUUCCUAUUUUUCAGCAUUAAUUCAAUUGUCAUAAAGAAUGAAUGCUGUUUUGAAUUUUGUGUUGUAACCUCUAUCUUCUAUUUAUCUAAAAAAAAUAUUUUUACGUACGUCA